AGAAAGGCAAGACCAGUGCCAUACGCACUAAAAGACACAGUUGAAAAAGAGCUAGAUAGGCUGGAAAAAGCUGGUAUUAUCUCAAAGAUAGACCAUAGUCAGUGGGCUGCCCCGAUAGUAGUUGUACCCAAAUCAGACAAGUCAAUUCGUAUCUGUGGAGACUAUAAAGUCACGGUUAAUCAGAGUGUGGAAGAGGAGACCUAUCCACGACCGAACGCCGAGGAUCUCUUCGCCACACUGGCCGGGGGCACUCUCUUUAGCAAAUUAGAUCUCUCACAUGCCUACCAACAGCUUGAGUUAGAGAAGGACUCAGAGAAGUAUUUAACAAUAAAUACCCACAAAGGACUGUAUGUUUAUCACAGACUUUCAUAUGGAGUGUCCAGUGCACCGUCUAUGUUCCAGAAUGUGAUGGACCAGAUACUACAAGGCUUAGAGCAUGUGACCUGCUUCCUCGAUGACAUACUAGUCACAGGCAGAACAAGAGAGGAGCACCUGAGGAACCUAGAUGAGGUUUUGAGCCGACUGGAGAGCUACGGGGUAAGAGUGAAAAGAGCAAAAUGUGACUUCAUGCAGGAGAAAGUAGAGUACCUGGGGCAUCUGAUAGAUAAAGAGGGACUUCACCCCACUGAGACAAAGGUUGCCGCCAUCGUAAAUGCACCCCAGCCCACAAACGUCACAGAGCUACGGUCAUUCCUAGAGAAACCACUGAGAUUAGCUUGUGACGCAUCCCCUUAUGGGAUAGGUGCGGUAAUGUCACACAUAAUGGAAAAUGGGGACGAGAAACCAAUCGCCUUUGCGUCACGUACGUUGACAGAGGCAGAGAGUAAAUAUAGUCAGAUAGAGAAGGAGGCGUUGGCCAUAAUAUUUGGCGUGACCAAAUUUCAUAAAUAUCUCUAUGGCCGCAAAUUCAGUUUAAUAACUGACCACAAACCCCUCCUUGCCAAAAGAACCUUUCUCUGGGCAAGAUCAUCUACAGCUAAAGCUUGGACUGCCACUGUGCCACUGCUCACCUCCUCAGGCAAUGUGUCAAUGUUGCAGGUGAUCACGGAGAUCCAGUUAAGUCUCUCCUCUUUUCUGUGCUUUGAGAGCCUGCCCAAUUAA